GGUGGGGACGGGGCGGGGCGCGGCUUUGCGGAAUCUUAGCGCGGCGCUGGGGAGGGGGGGGUGGCUGAAAGGGGGGCGGUGGUCGGGCCGCGCAGGCGGAGAUGGAAUGGGUCCCCGGCUCAGACUGGUCACGGGGGGAGGCUGCCGGCGUGGACCGUGGGAAGGCGGGGCUGGGGCUCGGCGGGAGGCCACCCCCGCAGCCGCCCCGGGAUGAGCGCGCCCAGCAGCUGCUGGACGCGGUGGAGCAGCGACAGCGGCAGCUCCUGGACACCAUCGCCGCCUGCGAGGAGAUGCUGCGGCAGCUGGGCCGUCGGCGCCCGGAGCCGGCUGGUGGCGGGAACGUCUCAGCCAAACCCGGAGCGCCCUCCCAGCCAGCUGUCUCCACCAGAGGCGGCUUUCCAAAGGAUGCUGGUGAUGGAGCUGCGGAGCCCUGACCGUCCCCGAGCUGGUGGCCCUGAGUUCUCUCCCUCUUCGGGGCUGGUGGCUGGACUCUGAACAACUGCCUUCAAUAAAGGAGCCAGUCCUCACUGGCAGUGGCUGGAACUUGGCCCUCAGCCUGGGGUGGCAGCUCUGCUAGCAGCUGGGUUCACUCCCACUUCAUCCUGGCUGAAGGCAGUGCUGAGCUUUGAAAUGUAGCCAAGGAAUACCCAGUCUGAUUACCCGGAUUUGGGCAGCCCAGCAGUGCUCUCCAGAGCGGUGGGGCCUGUUUUGGGGGAUCCAGGUGGUGUUACGUGUCCAUUUCAUGCUUUGGGGGCUCCUACCCCCACAAAACACUUUCAGCAGAGCCUUGAUUAAAGGAAACCUGCAGACUA